AUGAGGUUUAAUAAAAUGGGAAGUGCUAAAGUUUUAUAUGGAUGUUUCAAUACUAUUUUCUUUGCUUGCGGUUUCUUUGAAGUGGUGUGCGGUUUCCUACUGCUGUGCGACACCCAGCGGGUGCUCCUGUCGCGAUUGCUGGCGUCUCCCGAGGCGGGGCUGGACCAGCCGCCGUUCUACUUCCUAGCCCUGGCCUUGCUCGCCGCCGGGCUGCUCAUGUGCGCGACCGCCGCUCUCGGCUGCUGGGCUACGUAUCUGCCAGGAUAUUUUAUCUUGACUUUUUAUUUCCUGGUCGUGCUAUCCCUUCUGAUGUGCGAAUGUGCGGGCGGCGUGCUGGCGUCGAUAUGGCCGCGCUGUCUCGGGCUUCAGAACGCGCACGGUGGCGCAGUUGGAGCCCUACAGACCUACUACGCUUUGCCAGACUACGAAUACUUUACUGCCGCGGUAGAUCUUGCACAGACUGAGUUGGAAUGUUGCGGUAUGACGAGCAGCCGGAACUACGACAUGUCGGCUUGGCAGCUGCGACGCCUGGGCCCGCGCGGGUUGUCCGUGCCGCUGAGCUGCUGCGUGCAGUCCCACCGGUCUUACCUCAACCCAGUGCCGCGGAAUACCACGCGCUGCCAGGAGGUCACGGCCGAUCCGAAGUUCCGACAUGUGCCAGGCUGCCUUGAUAGACUAGAUGAAUGGUAUCAGCAGCAAUAUUUGAUCUUCAUGCUGGGCUUAUUCGUUACGGCUGUAUUUAAACUUGGCAUUCUCUUAAGUACCGUCUUCUCCUGCAUCCGCCUUAAGCGACGAAGACAAGAGAUCCGCUCUUUUGUUAUGAAAUCCAUCGACAAUAAUACUAAUGAGAACAUCUAUGAAAGCAAGAUGGCAAUGCACGAUGAACCAAUAACGGCUAAGUACAUACAACCUAACAACUUCUACAGCCCGCGAGUGCGAAACCCCCGAAUUUUCCAUAGUAAGCCCAACGAAAUGGUAUGAGAAUUAGCUUCGGAGAUAAAUGCUUUAGAGAGAAAAUUAGAGAAGUUUUCAGAUUAUUUGUACAAACAUCAAGCCGAUUCAAUUAUGUGGUGAUUAUUUUAUUAUAACAUCACUGAAUCGGCUAGAUCAUACGUCUUUUACUCAUUUUGAAUAUGGAUCUGUUGUGUUGUAAUGUUUUUAUUAUGUGUUCAUUUUUCGUCUCAAAUUGGCAACAAGAACGAGUAGGUGCAUCAAGUGUAGUGGCAAACUAGAGGAACGCAAUCACUAUAUGCUUUACGAUGAAGAGAUCGCAUUGACUAUUCCUUAACUUAUUAUUUAUUUUCAAUACUUAACCCUUUAAAAUAAUGUGCCAUAAUUUCACGUCAUGUAACAACAUUGCUAUAAUUCUUUCUCUGAAGUAUUUAACUUCGUACGCAUUCCAUACACAUACGUAUCAUAAUGCUCAUUUUGUAUUUCAUAAAUUAUGUUAAUUUUAGUUCAUAGGUAUGAAAAUAAAAAUACUUUUGUAAUAUUCUGUGUAAUAUGCAAUAUUAUUUCAAAAGAAUGAUCAAAAAUUGGUCCUAAAGUUAAAAACAUUGUUAACAAUGGCUCUGGAAUGUCGCUAUCAUUCACAAUUGGUUUUACAGCUAUUAUUUUAACAGAGAGCUGGUAAUGUAUACUUUUGUUACUAUAUACAUAUAUAUUUUCAAUAAAUUUUAAUACAAAAUCUUUAAAAAGCUUGCUUUACAAGAUCUGGCAUUUCUGAACAUUAUUUUUAUAAAAUCUCUUACAUGAUCCCAACUAAAUAUAAUAAAUCGCACUUUACUGUAAGUACUCUGCUAUCCACAAUCGUAGUAAAUUUUAAGAAAAAUUGUUUGCUACAGUUAAUUUGUUCUUGUUAGUCACGUAUCACAAA